AUGAACGAUUUACAAGAUGUUAAUCCAUAUCCUUAAUUUGAUGAAUAAAAUGAAUCAAAUCAAUAAAUUGAAGAACCUACUGCUUCUUAGGCAAUUCCAGUCAUUCAAUAAAAUAUCAUUUUAGACAAUUCAACUCAAACAAGAACAAUUGGAGAAGCUUCAAGUGAAGAAAGAAAAUAAUUUCUUAUUCAAAGUCUUAGAGCCUUAUCAGUAUAAUAGAUAUUCUAAUUAUUUCUUGCAUUGGGUUUUGCAUUUGUAGAAGAAUGGGGAUUCUGUAGUAAUUUUUUCCUUUUCUUUUUCAUUACAUUGAGUCUACAUUUAUUUAUAGUAACAUAUAAAGCAAGAGGAAUGAAAAAAGAAGUAUCUAUAAAAUGAUAAAUAAAUAAUAGGAAGGAGUGAUGAAAUUAUAAUGGCUAGGUUGGAUGAUAUGCUAUUCAUUUGCAACAACUUUAUUUUCAACUUUGUUGAAUGUAUUAUACUUAGGAUGGUUCUUUUAUUUACCUUAUCUAACUAUGACAUUUUUAUUUCCUAUAAUAACAUUAGGAAUGAUUAUUCAUCUUUCAUCUGGAAAUGCAUGUCUAAAUACUAAAUGUAUAGAGAAUAUUGUAUCAAUAUAGAAUACACAAUUAUAUUCUUUGUAAUGAUCUUCUUCCUAGAUCUAUGUCUAUCAGUAUUUGAUGGUGGAUAUAUCCAUUUUGGAUAUUUAAUUGGAGAAGUUGUUUCAUAUCUUUAUGGAUUAUAUUUAACAUUCAUAAAUGUUUAAAUUUAAUAUGUAAGAAUUUAACAAAAUAAUAAUUUAAGCCAGUCAAUGAUUUAUCACUAAACCUUUAAUAGGAAGAAACAAAAUUGGAUUAAGUGAUGAAUUUAUUUGAUAGAGGAACAUAAAAAUUUGAAGUUGGUGUCAUUCCAACUGAAGCAUAGGAAAUUACAAUGGAAGAGAUCAAGAAAUAGAAUAAUGCAUAAAGAUUAAUUAAAUUGGCUAUUUUGUAAGUUUUCUGUAUAAUAUUCUAUGUAUUUCCAUGGUUAUAUUUGGUUUUAAUAACAUGGUUAAUGAUGGCAGCACAUAAAGCUGACACAAAAUUUGUAUAAAUUGGUAAGAAAUAAGAAGUCAAAUUGAAUGAACAAUUUGUUGCCCCAAUAUUAAUUAAUCUAGAUAUAUUGGGAGGAUUAAAACAUGCAAUAGAAUGA